UUCAACCACCUUACACUUCUUUUUAUGAAAACAACUCAAUAAGGUAAAUAAGGCUGGAAAUGACUGUAAAUAAGGGAGAAAAAGGACAAUUUCAGGCUAGACAUGUGAAAACAAAGAACUGAUGCCUAUUUCUUGGUUCACAUACAAAAAGUCAUAUUAAACCUCAGCCACUUUUAGCCAUCUGCAUUCAGCUAUGUCAUUAAAUGAAAAAUUAUCAUUUUAAUAAUUACCACUAUUGUCUAUACUUACUUCCUCCAAAUAAGAAAAAAGGUAAAUUAUCAAAAAUAUCUAGCUAUGCAUUCAGCGUUUUUUUAAAAACACAAAAUUUCACUCAAGAAAUCCUGAAAAAUCCUUGCCCAUAUUGGAUCACCACCAAGGGGUUAUCGAACCCCUAUCUCCAGAGUUAUAACCAAUGAGCUAGUACCAAAUCUAACGUGAAAAUUAAAAAUAUAUACAUACUUUUUGGUGAUAGUAAAGCAGCAAUGUUUAAACUUAGAACCCUGUGGAUUUACUUAGUUAGAAAAACAAAGACUUCAUGUCAACAUUACUUUUUCUAUCUACAAAACAUCAGUCAGUCAUGCCUUAUUUGGUGACAGAAGUGUUCAUUAAAAGAAGGACAUUAAGCCUUCUAUUCCAAAAUUCCUGCACAUAACCUCGAAGAAAAACGUAUUGAGAGAUUUCUUGCGAUGGUAUCACGAACAACCUUUGUUAACUACAGUUCUCAAAGUAGCUUCAUUUGAUAAAUUUUUUUGAUAAAGUGUUAAAGUUACACAUUUCUGUAAUUCUUUAAAAAUUUUGGUUCGUAUGUGGCCGACUUAAAAAAAUUAAAAGCACUGUUUUGCAUUUCGGGAAAAAUUCCAGCCAAUUCAAAAAUAAUUCUGAGGAGGUCAAGAGUUGGAUGAGUAUAUAUGGAGUAGGUCUUGUUACUAACUAGGGCGAUUAUGAAAUAGUUUUUUACUUACUUUAUAUAUCGGUUUAAAGCUAAUCGUUACCGUUGUUGACGUAUCGUUUCCGCAAGGUCUACUUUGCAGAAACGAAAUAACAUUUUGAUCGUUUCCGUCAGCCUCAAAUCACGGUAACAAUAGAGCGUUUUUCCAGACUCUACAAAUUUCCAGGCCUGAACUUUGUUAUCAACUACUAUUUUCCUUUUUUUAACCUGAUGCCUUUCAAUAUCUGAUACUGUAAGCACAUGUUAUUCAACACUUCUUUUGCUUUUUUAGUCCUACGAACCAGGAAAGUAUUAUUUCGCAUUGAUCAGAUACGUAUUAGUAUUUCUUCUGUAUACAGUAUUCCUUUAGUAACAAAUAUGAAAGUUGAAUAGAAUCGUUUUCUCGAUUAUUGCAUUUCCUGUUUUGGACAUUUAUAUUCAUAUUUUACCCUCAAACCCCCUGACGUGAGAAAAAAUAUCAUCAUAUUAGAAACAAAUGCUUUGAGAAUUAUUAAUUUUGUUUUAUUUUAAUGGGGGCAUUAUUAUGCACAAAAAAUGUUGAACAAGAGUUCCGCAGGUUCACUUUAAAUAACUAAUGAAUAAUUAAAUAUUCUCUUUUCAAUUUCUUGUAAAUAAUUACAGAUUGAAAGAAAAAACUUUGUUAACAAAUAUCUCUGAAUAAUUUUUUCGUAAAAUUUUCGGUUGUCUACUCUUCUUAAAAGGGAUCUGUCUCAAAAAUACAUUAGAUGAAGUCAUGAAACUUUCGUUUUUGACUUCACAAGUGUUUGAUCUCUAUUCGCGUGUCUCAUUUUAAUUUUUGGUCAGCGGAUUUGGGUGCAAAAGUGAUUGAAAGAGAAAAGAAAAAAAAGAGUUUUAUUUUUAUGAUCUUAUAAAUGAUUUACGGUAUAUUUUCCAAACGAUUAAUGUUGAGAAAAAAAGGGACACCUGAUUUAAAUUCAGACUAUGCUGAACAUGUGGACAUAUUUUUUUUUCUGUAAACUUGUAAACUUUUGAGACUAAUCCCUUCACAGUUGGCAACACCCACUUUUUAAGACUUUUGACUAUAUUUGUUUUUCUGUUACAACAUUUUAAUUUUUUUUUAUAAUAUUGUAGAACAAACUUUUGUUAACAAGUACAUAUAUACUUUUAUAAGGUUUUUUUAAAAGGAAAGUUGAAAAAAAUGCUUUAUACAGAAGAGGUGUAAUUUACCAUACUGCUACCUUAAAUAAUUAAAUUUGUAGUUGUGUAAUGUGUAAUAAAACAAAACAAUGUAGGAAUUUAGUUUCUUUUCCUUUCUUGCCUUAAGAACAAUCAAAUAGUAAUUGCCAGAGGAUGUUGACAGGCUAUAUCUUGAAACGGUAUUGGCAGCACUGAAAAAAUUUGCAUCACAAGUUGAUGUUUACAUGAUAAAAAGUCAUACAUUCAGAUAUAUGCAGAAAUUCUGUGCUGUUGUGAUAAUAAUAAAGUUUCUGAUAUUAUACAUAAAAAACGUGUGUUUCUGAUAUGCAUGCAGACAAAAAAGUGAUAUAUAAUUUCUUUUAUUAAUAACUAGACGAUAAGGCCCUUGGAGAAAUCCACUUAGGCAGAUGGACAAUGGAAAAAUAGGUUGUUUUAAAUGUUUUGUGGACAUCAGCAGUGCAGAUGAAAAAAAAAUCAUGUACUACAUGAUGGGAUCAUGUACUUUAGAAGGUUUUUUUGAUGACGUCAUCAACCCGUCCAUUCCAAAACCAAGGUACCCAAGUACCUUGGUUUGGGAAAAUUACCCAAAUUGGUCCUAGGUGGUCCCUAGUUACCCACACGGUGAAAAAUCAUUAACGCGCACUGUGAUGGCUUCAUUGAUUUAAUAUACUUUGUUUAAUGUAAAUUAAGGUUUGAUAAAUUACAGAACAAAUUUAUUGGUGAUGUUUUGUAGACUUUAUUAAAGAAAAUUGUGAAGAAUAUAAUCCACUUUGCAAAAGUAACAGACAGACAUACGGAAGCUCUGUAUUAUUAUAAGAGAUUACUAAUAGUUUUGUUAUCCAUCUAAUGGACCCCUUUUGCAUUCAUUAGGUUUGGAGGAGAGCAAAUGUUUUUCUUUUUUCCUAAAGACUGUUUUCAUAUUUUGCCAAUUUUUCCAAAAAAAUCGUAAAAAAAACUAAGGAGAUAUAUUUGAAAAUCAGAUGUUCAUUGCAUUUUGAUUUAUGAUGAAACAAAAGAACUGAAAAUAAAUGUGUCAUAUUAAAAGUGUCAAUCAAACAAAAAUUAAUUUACACAUACACCAUAAGAAGUAGCCCACCCAAAAUGCGAACUAUCUGUUCAGUAAAAAAUAUUAUAAUAAUGGAAUAAGGUAUAGCUUGUUUGCUGUGAUUGACCAGUGCAAAUCUAGACUUGUGCUUCUUGUUAAAUAUAAAUGGGGAUUUUUUCUAUAUUGGACUUGUUUGAGUUAAAUAUUUAUUUAACACUAAUAUUUUUUUAUACAUUUAUAAUAAUCUUUUUAUGUUAUUUUCAAUUAUUAUUUUAUAUUUUUGUUUCAAAUACAAAAAUUUUCUUUGGUAAAUGUGGAAACCAUUACCAGUUAACAAGCUUAAAAAAAGAUAGUUAACUUUCAUGUUUUUUGUUUUAAGAUAGGUUAAAGCGGUAAAACACGCAUUUUGCAAAUAAAUUUAAACAUCCAAACGCUAAUCAAAGAUUUCUGUGAACAUUACUUUUACUAAGUUUAUCCCAUUUCUAAAGGAAUAAUGAUAAUGUUAUAUUAAUGAAAAUCACUGUCCAUUUUAAUAAAAAGACAUUUUAAUAAAAAGACUGAAUUAUUUUUUACAGGGUGGCCACAAGUCAUGGAAUUUCUGGAAAUCAUGGAAAAGUCAUGGAAUUUUAUUUGGUCUGGAAAAAGUCAUGGAAAACAGGAUUUUCAUGAAAAAGUCAUGGAAAAGUCAUGGAAUUUCUUUUACCAAAUUCUGUGGCCACCCUGUUUUAAUAUCGUUCCUUAGAACGUUAGAAAAAAACUCUUAAUUUAUUAUUUUGGUCAACAAAGUGAUGUAUCACUUUGAGCACUCCCCUGGAUUUUAGACAUGCUGUUUACCUGUACUACAGCUGAUCCACCUGGAUGUGUGGCACGGUUUGAGCACUUAGCUAGUAACAUGAAUUUUCCAAUUUUCAAUUUAAUUUCAUGUUAAGUAAUGUCACAUAACACCAUUUUUAAAUUCAAUUUAUUUCACAUCAGCAAAAAAUUACUAAUUUAAAUAUAUUUUCUGCUUUAUUUUGAAAACCUUGUGUUUUGCAUGGGCAAGUAAUAUUCUGUUUUGUGAUUGCAUGCAUACACAAACAAAAAAUUAAAAACAGAGUGAAAAAUGAGAACAUUUGUAACUUACAAUUAGCUUAAAGAGAAACGUCAGCAAAAAUUUGCUAUAAUAAAUCAGAUUUUUUUUUAAAAAAAAAACAUGUAUUUGCCUUAGCAAUUGUUUAAGUGCUGACAUGAAUUAGAAAGGCUGCAUAUUUAUUUGGCUCUGAAUUAUCUCACAACAGUUGGUGAUAUUGCUUUGCAAAUGAAACCGUAUAAAAAUAAUUUUGUUCAUGUAAAAUAGGAUGUUACUGAUUCGUUUAGAAAAUUUUUUAGAAAAAAUUAGGGUAUAAAUGGAUAAUUUUUAAUAACUCAAUUUAGUAUUUAAUGCAUGCUGGAUCAAAAUCCAAAGCAGAAAUGACAAUGACCAGCAUUUUAUUUCAAGUUGGGUUUUAGUCUAAUCAAACUGGGAUGAAUAACUUGGGAGUGAUUAAAGUUAAGUAGGCCCAAGCUCAAAUUGUUGAACUGUUGUUGAAACAUUGUUAGUAUUUUGACUGGUGAAACAAAUUGAAGACAUGAGGAUAUGUGAAUUACUAUAAUCAUGAAGUGGCCGAAGUGGCAGCACAAGAGAUGAAUGGUGUAGUAAUUUGCAAACGAAAGAUCAAAACUAAAGGUCCCAAGAAACUUACCGAUGCUACUUCACCGCUUGUCAGUCCUGUAGAACCUAAAAACAUGCGCUUACUAACAGACUGCUAUUUUUUUAACCUGCGUGGAAAGUGUACACCAAAGGUUGGACAGGCUUGUCAAUACCGACAUUCAGAAAAAGCUCGAACUAAUAAUGUAGUGUGUGAAAAAUGGGAAAGCAAGACUUGUAAAAAUAUAAAUUGUCCUAAACAACACCCAGGACCGAAACCAGACAAUUCAGUUAAAACGAAGAAAGAUGUGCCAAUAACUCGAUGUAAUUCUCACAAUGCUUACAAAUGUUACAAUCAAUGCGGUCUACCAGAUUGCAAUACCCAUUUUCAAAGUGAACAAGACCUUAUUGACCAUGUUACCCAAAAUAAAGAACUUUUUUCUCCAUGUUCUGUGUGCAAUGCUGUUUUCUUCAAUAAAGAAGAGAAAAUGAACCAUUCACACAAAAAAUCAAAAGAAAGUAGAGAUGUUUUGCCAAUCAAUAUGCCCAUGAGUAGCCAUUCGGAACCAAUUGGAGUUUACUGGGACAUUGAAAAUUGCAGAGUUCCAAGAGGCACAUCAGCUGUUGCCGUGGUUAAUAAAAUUAGAGAAAGAUUUUAUCCUGGCCGACGUGAAGUAGAAUUUAUGUGUGUUUGUGACACCACAAAAGAAAAAAAAGAAAUCCUUGAAGAGUUAAAUAAAGCACAAAUUAACAUUGUACAUAUCAAUGCUACAUCCAAAAAUGCAGCAGAUGAUAAAUUAAAACAGGCCUUACGUCGAUUUGCACAGACACAUAUGCCACCUGCAACUAUUGUUCUUGUUUCUGGAGAUAUAAACUUCGCUUCGGAGCUGUCUGAUCUUCGUCAUCGACAUAAUUUACGAGUAAUACUUCUUCACAACCAACAAGCAUCGGAUGCAUUACUUAACUGUGCAAAUGAAUGUGAAAACUUUAAUCAAUUCACAAGUGGUUUACCAGCUUGUCCCAUUUACAUUCAGAAAGAAGGUUCUAAUGAAGUACUUAUUACGAAUUUGCCAUCUGGUUCAAUACACUCUGUACAUAAGAUUAAGGGUCGAUUAAACACAUUAGCUAAUAACACUGGAGGAAAAGUGAUUAGCAUAUCUCUUUUUGAUGAAUUUUCAAAGGAUAAUGUUGCUGUUAUGAGAUUUCCAGAUGUUGAUGCUGCUCAAAGAGGUGUGCAACGACUUGAUCAAGAAAAUGUUUAUGGUUCUGCUAUAAAAGCAACAUUUUAUACUGCGAAAAAGACCAAAAAUGAUAGACCAGUUGCACUAAAGAAAGAAGUAUAUAAUAAUCUAACUAAGUUAAGUUCGAAAUCCACUCCAAGCCUUUCUAAAGGUCUUUUACCACAUCAGAAGAAUGAUGUUGUGCAUAGAAGUGAAGAAAAGUUGAGAAAGAAUUUUUCGUUGACCAAAUUGCCAGAUGCAAAAGAAGAAAACCUUUUUAUAAAACCUAAGCAACUAUUGAGUCCUUUCAAAAAAGAAAAUUUUCAAGGGGGUAUUCCUUUAAAUAACAGUAUUCCUCAAAAUGGAAACUAUCAUGUCAAAAAUUUUAUUUCUGAUAAUACGUAUCCUGUUGGCUGGCUGCACAAUUCUAAUAAUACUCCACAAAAUUCACCUCAAAACGCUGGUGUGAAUAUAUUUAUUACCAACCUUGAUGAAUCAAUACAAACUAGAGACAUGAAGAAAAGACUUUGUUCUUUAGUGCGAGAACAUACCAAAGUUCUCUCCAUUACGUUGGAAAACUCUGGUGAAAAUAAUUAUUGUGCUUCUAUAAAAGUACCAUCACUUCAGGAUGCACAGCUUUGUAUUUCCAAAUUGAACAACCAGUUGUUAUUUAGCAAAAGAAUACAACUGUCCUUAACAUCUAUGAAGUUUGAAGUUUGCUCUGUUUUACAAGAUAUGUGUACUGGCUGGCUUCCAAUUAAUGACUUUCUAUCUAUUUUUAAAGACCGUUACCACUAUCCGUUUCAUGUACCAAAAUUUGAUGAAAUGAAGGAUAUUGUUUAUGUUGAUGGUUGCCCUGGAUUUCAAUUUGUUUGCUUGUUACACUUUCCUGUUGGUGUAUUAAAAGUCAAACAACAAGGGAAUGACUUUGGCUUAGAAAUUAUGGAAAUCUUAAAGGAGCACAACCGACGUGUGCCAUUUGCUAGCAUACCAGGCUUGUAUUGGAGUUAUUUGAAGAAGCAGAUACCUCUGGAUGAAAAUGGCGAACUUCUUGUUAAGAUUGUUCUCAACAAACAGAUCUGUCUCUUUGGUAAUACUCCUGCACAACAAGCCAUAUUCUUUAAAAAAUCGAAAGAAAAAGGCUCAAUAUUUCCAUUAGAAGAUUUUCGCAAUGACCUUGUUGGUUUAUUAAAAGUUUCGCCGUUGUUCUCUAUUCCCCUAUUAAAGUUUAUUCCGUUAUAUCACCAGUUUUUUGGAAGACAAUGUUGCACAGCUGAUUAUGGAUAUAAGGAUCUCAACGAACUACUCCUUGCCAUAGCUGAUACAAUUGAGAUUAAUGCAAUGUCUGGUCAGAAAAUGAUAACAUUCACUUUGGGGUACCGACAACAAAUGGUGAACGAUGAGCUCCACAUGUUACUUCAAGCUAGAGAGAAACACAAACUUCCGGUCAGCAGUUUGGUCACUGCUUAUUAUCGAUUCUUUGGACGUAAACUUUUUUGUAGAAAUUUUGGGUUUCCAACGAUGACUGAAUUGUUAAAUUCACUUGAAAAGAAGUUCAAGGUGUCUGGAACUGGAGACAAGAAAGUCUUAACAUUACAUCAGAACAAACCAAAUGGUGGACAUAAACCGUUAAAAUUGUUUGCGAAUGAAGUAUCUUUGUUGAUAAAGAAUCAACCUGACAAGCGUCUUGGCUUGCAUAACCUCUCGUCAGAAUACUACAAGUACUAUGGAAAGCAAUUGAAACUGGCAGAAUUGGGCUUUUCCAAACUUAAUGAUUUAGUGACUGCUAUAUCUGAUUAUGUGGAGAUUUGUGGUAGUCGUGACCAGAAAAUGCUUUACAUAUCAGAGAACCGCCCAAACUUCAAAUCGUUAUGGAGAGAAGUUGAGUUACUUUUGGCUGAUAUACCAGAAAGAGCUGUUCUUCUGCUCCAGCUACCUGACUUUUACCAAGAAAAACUCUUAAAGCCAUUUCCAUUAGAUUCAGUUCAAAUGAAUAAAUUCCUGAAAAACAUCCCUUCCAACUUUCUUACUAUUGGGAAAGGCGCUCACAGAAUAGUUAUUGAAAAUAAUGCAGAAAAUUAUUCUCGACACCUACUAAACGAACAAAUGAUGCACCUACUCUACAGCACCGAACACUUCAAACUGUCAGUUUCCAAGUUGUCGAAACUUUUCUCGGAAAAAAACAUUCAUGUCAAUGUAGCACGUAUUAAUGCAGAGGUGGCUAGGAGUGAAUAUUUCCAACGCACGAAGGAUAGGUGUGUGCAAUUAAUGCCAACGAUAGCAAGAAAAAUGUUCGAAAUGGAAGCCAGCACAAUUCUUGCACAACAAGCUAACCAGAAAAUGGAAUUGAAUAACUUUCAGAAUACAUUCACGAGGAAAUAUUCAAAAGUUUUGUAUCUUGCUGACUAUGGCGUGUCGAAGUUGCGAGCGCUGUUCGAAAAUUUGAGUCCUGGGAUUGUACAGGUGAACAAUGUUGGAAGUCAACAUUGGGUAUCGCUUGGUCCCCUGGGAAGAUUAUACACAGAAUGUGGAGCUGUGUUGGAAGAAAAUGAUGGCGCACUGCUGUUGUGCAACUUCGCGCCCGAAUAUCAACGAAAGUAUAACAUACAUUUGAAAGCCACUUCUUAUAACUUUUCAAAAAUCAGUGAUUUGCUGGAAAGUUUGUCUCCCAUUUUAAAAGUUUAUGGCGAAAAAAACAAAAAAGUUGUUGUUCUAAAGGAUCGAGUUUUGAAUCCAAGAGAAGUUGUGGAGGAUGUCGAUAGCCAAACACAGUCUGGUUCUGAUAGUGAUAGCGGUACUGAUGUUAUCAUUGAAAGUGAAGAAUUUGAAAACAAUCCGUCCGCUUCAACUACACCGACAAGCAACGAACGUUCGGUAGUUGUGGAGACUGAAGAUCUUCUUAAAUUUUCGGAUCAAGUAAAAGACAGCAGCUUAGAAUGGUGGAUGGAGCCAGUUCCUGAUAUACUUGAGCCUGCUCUGCAACCAGAGCUGACUCAAACUCCUACUGGAAUGGACUUGAUAUCUUUCACUGAAUUUGAUGACGAUGCUUUGCUGAAUGGGGGUCUUGAUGAAAAGAUUGUGGCUGUGUCACAAGAAUUAUCUAAUCCACUCAUUCCGCUAAACGCAACUGACUCCGAUAACUUUGUUGAUCACAUGUUUAGUGGAGACAUCCCUGCUGCUGCAGCUGAUCAACAGGAGCCGGAUCUAAUGCGAAUGCUUUUGGGCCGUUGCUCGCCUGUAACUGACGUUCUCUUACCCAGGCCUCUCCAUGCUGAAGAACGAUCAGUGACGGAUAGUAAUAACGUCUCAAGUGUGUCUGAAACGUAUAGUUUUUACCCUGCGUUGGAAAGCACGGAGCGUGGUUCAUACACCACCGCAUUGCAUGAUGUCUUUUCCAACAAGGAGAAUGUGACUACUCAACCGACACGUGUACGUCCAAAACUUGCUGCGAAUUUCAACAAACAGUAAGGUUUGCGCGGAAAUCUAAAAUAUAUCUCAAUUGUCAAUAUUGGCUGACGGAUAUAUCUUUAAUCUCUUUUGGUGAACUAUUGAUGAGAUGAUGGAAUUACGUUAUCAUCUUGUUCAUGUUUCGUUGCGUACAGUGUCGUUGGAAAUAACAGUACUAAAACAUGCGUUUAAUUUCCGCGCACUUUUUAUUUAAACCGUAUGAAAUUUCCUAUGAUAGAGUACCGUACCGAAAAAAAUGGGGGGAGGAAAUGCUGGGUGGGGGGCUGGGUGGGUAUUUAGUACUCUGGAGUUAUUGGGAACAGAUACGUAGUAGUAAUAAUAUACAGUAGAAGUCAUGUAAAUCGAACACGUGAGUACCCAAUAGUAAGUUCGAAUUGCAUGAUUUUCAGAAACAUAUAUGUAGACAAUCUUUUUUUCUUUGGAUCACGAAACUUUUUUUAAUUAUGUACUUCAAACUACGAGAAUUUCACAGAGUUGAUGUCAAAAUUUCCGAUUCUGAGAAAUUGGAAUUAAUAUAUAUGGCGUAAUUUGGAUACGGAAAUAAACGGUUUCCCAUCUUUGUUUGGCUCAACGCUCAAUGCAAGACUUUUGUUUAAAUUUUGUGUUUAUCUCGAUCAUGUUUCCUCUGGUUUAAAUGUUAUUUUUCUUUAUAUUGACAUAUACUUUAUAACAUUAGUUUAUUAUUUUUUCCUCGCCCCUUUUUAAGUUGUGGAACACCUCUUUUCACAAUAUGUAGUUCUGGUUGCUGUAGUAUGUCGUUAUUUCGUAGCGACAACCUACAAACUACCUAAAAGGGUAUCUGACCUCAUAAAAGUUUCCAAACAUUUUAAAAAAAAUUUUUAGCUAUUAAAUUUAUAGAGUUAAAGAGUAUAAAAGUUUAUUUUAUUUCCACGUUUUUACAAAUUACUUUGUUGUGAUAAGAAUUUAUCGCAUCCAGCAUACGCGUUUUUCAUAAGAAACCUACUUAUACGAAACUUCGUACUGUAUUCGGAAAAAUUCUGUUCAAUAGGCUUUUCACGGAAAACGGUAUGCUAAAGUGUCGGAUGCAGUAGUUAUUUUCGAUCAUGUUUAUGUAAAGAGCUGUAAUUUGAUAUAUAGUGAUAUGAGUUAUAGUCUAUACGGCUUGUAUUUUUUUUAAGAUGUCAGGUAAAAGCAUGGAUAAAAUUACGAGAUUAUUGCUGUCAUGAUCACACUUACUUUAAUUUACUGUUAUCAAUUACAGUAGUUUUCGAAUAAUUCGUAUGUCUCCACCCACAAGUAAACUGGAUUUCAUCCUUACAUAUUCAGUUAGCAUCCGUGCUUUUACUUACUAAGAUAUUUUUUAUUUGAAAUGUUAAGAGUUUAAAUGUUUUGUUUAAGAGAUGAGUUUAUGUAGAUUGUGGUUUUGUUUUUUAUUUACAAUAUACAUCUUUAGUUGAGAUAAUGUUACGUUUCAAGCGGACUAAUGCGUGACAAAUUGACGAUCGUGAAAAAUUGACGAACCCGAGUAGCUUGUCUGGAUGGCAGAAAAUAUUGUUAAAAACGCGAAAUACCCAUGUUUUUUUGAAAACUUUCGCGGUAUGUCCGCGAUUGAAGAAAAAUGUAAGAAAAGCAACUCAAUAGAUCACAAGUCACUUUCAAUCAAUGAUUGACUUUCAAAGUCAUUGUGCCCUUCGGUUUAUUUGUAUUUACAAGUCGGCACUGUAAUUGCGAUGACCCUCUCUAGAGAUGGCCACCUGAACUAUUCUCGCUUUCAGGACUCUUUGAGAUAAACUCGAAAGUAGCUCUGCACCUGGUCACGUGAUGUUUUUCCGCGAAAGAUUGUAAUGAGCAUUUGUAUGUAAACAAACAUGGCGGUGGAGACACGAAGGAUCGAAGUAUGCUCGCACGUUUGAUUAUGCCGUGACAGAGUUUAAAGCAGAUGAUAUUAAAGGCUAUAUAAUUCGGCUUCCUUUUUUAACAAGGUAUUAAACUCAAAGAGCGGUGGGGACAGGAAUGCACCUAAACAUUGUUUUUUUGGAAUUGCUUAGGGAAACGAUUGUAUUUUUUAAUUGUACUUUUUUCAGAUAUUUGACAAAUUAAAGGCGACAGAUCGUUUCUGUGGCGCGGUAUUUUUUUGCCCCCCUAUCGAUGCCGACAAUGCAAUUCCAGCCCCAAUGUCUAGAGGUGCGGGCGUCGCAAAAUUGAGGCGACAAACCUUGUUACUUUGGCCGGAAAAUGUUACUUUUGACAAAGUAUUGUGUGUAAUUCGAGGCGACCAAUUCAGAACUUUCGCACAGAAUUUUUCUAGCGCUCCUUUCCGAGAGCGGCAGUUUAAAUUCGCAUUUUGACGAGCAUGAUAAACCAACCUCGAUUCCAAUACAUGUUUUCUCCUUUUGCAUAUCGUAUCAAUAAGCGCAGCGCUGAUGAGAGACAAAAUGCCCUGAGAACGAGGUUGCAUGAUUAACGUUUCUAUGCAAAUCCAUCAUUAGAAAAGCUAUUUCAUUAUUAAAAUAUUUGUACUUGUCACACAUAACACACCAGCUUUGCUUUCGAAGAAAAAAAGGCGUAUUUUAGGAUGUACUAUUACCAUGCAGUUUCUGAGGCCGGUAGCGUAGAACACAAACUUCAAAAUGCGGCUUAACUCUUAGGGAGGCAGAACUGAAAAAAUUUACGCCGAAAAACUCGAUUUACUCGCCUCCAUAUUUUUCGACGCGCCUCUCUAAAUAGGGAGGGGGGCUUGAAUUAAAAAGUGGCAAAAGAUUGCGCUGAAAGCAGUACAGUCUAAAACAAAUUUUUUACUAGUUAAAGUUUUUGUGAUUGAUGAUUUACCAUUUCAUUAAUCGAAAAAAGAGCUAAUUAUCAAAAUUAGAUAUCCUUACCCCUCCUCCCCGCCGGCUCUUUGUUUUGCGAGAAGAAAUAGAAAGAGAACAAAAAGCCCUAGGAUCGAGGUUGGUUUUCCCAACAUAUUGUGAAGUCACUACUUUUUAUCGCUCCCUAUGUCUUAUAAAAUAGAGAGUCCGUGACGACAAGUUAUAAAGGGGGAAGGCACAAUGUUGUUUUAAUUUAAAUUUUAGUGUUGCCACGGAAACUGUUUCCUGCAAUAUUUUGUUGUCAGGAAACACGCCUUCUCCCUUUUAUGCCUCGUCAACCUCGUCCCUAGGCCCAUUUUUCUCUUUUUGACGGUCUCGGACGGCGAGAAGAAAUGAUUUCUUCGCGCCGUCUCGGAUAUCAAAAAAGCGAAAAAUUGCCCUGGGAACGAGGUUGAUGCCUCGUUGUAGGAGCAUAUCGUCAUUUCGUUCACAAGUUUUGAUACUUUAUUUUGAAUUUUUUUCCAGAAAUACCCCCACCGUGCAUGAAUAAUUAGCGUUUCCCAAGGUGUAGCAAUAAUGUAAUCUAAAUAUUUAUGUUGAUUAUUUUUGGUACGAUAUUUUCUCGAAUCUCCUCCCUAGAAAACCUAUGCUAAGAGAACGACAUAUCAUCGAGGUGUUUAAGAACGAAACUUGUUCACACGUUUUUACUUUGACUUUUUUUUAGCCCUUUGCAUUUUUCGCCCAACAUUUUUCAUUUUCUACAUACAGGGCGUUAGUUUAGCCCCGGGACGUAUUUUUUUUAAAGGAUAGUAGAAGCGCUGCGAGGGAGAUCUAUGAAUGGAGUUGUAUAAUUGUACACUGGCCACGUGGGGUUUAUUAUUCUCAUUACUGUUUAGUAUUGUUUUUACACCUGUUACAAACCUGUGCAGUACCCCCUGUACUUCAAUUUAACCAAGUAACAAACAAUAAUCAAGAUUCAAACAUCAGGGGGCAAGAUUUGUUAAAAUAUUCAAAAUAAAACUGUAAUAUGGACCCCCGGAUUGUUUGUGUUACUUGGCAUAAUUUCUAUUGUCACUAAUAAUAAAUAGGGGGUAAAACUAUUGAAUCAUUCUCAAUAUUAUUAACAUUGCACGUUUUUCAUGUGGUCCUUUUAUAAAGACGUUUGCGGUUAAAAGAAGAUCUUUCCUCCAUAUCUAGCACUGUUUUGAAAUUGUUUCUAAUCUGGUGUUAAAAUCACAUUCAAGAUGGCUUGUUACAAUGUUAUUAUUAUGUGUGUUGUUGCAAUGCUGGCCAGAGAAGUAUCGUGUGUUGACACAACAACAGAAUCAAAUUCAGGUA